CGCGUUUUUCAGCGCUGAAUAUGUGAAUCUACAAUGUUUUUAUAUGAUCGUUCCAUUAGAAUUGUUCCUUUGCUGGCGUUUUGAUUAUUUUUAUGGGCUUUGUGUGUCUAAAAGGAAUUCCCCUCAAGUAGUUCAGAGAUGGAAAGUCUAAACGAUCUGGGAGAUUACCUCAACACGGAAAUCGUAUGUACCCUUGCAGGUCUUGGGUAUUCAGAAGGCAGUGACUAUUACAAAAGUCCAGAUUGUCUUGAGAGUCUUAAGGACCUUGUUAGGUUUUUACGCCGUGAUGACACCACCUGUGAGAUUAGACGUCAACUGGGAUAUUCAGAAGUAUUGCAAAAUGAUCUUGUCGCCAUUCUUAAGAGUUGUUCAUCUAAGGAAGGAGAAAUAUUUGAUAUGGUUAUAAGGUUAAUGGUAAACUUAACUCAGCCGGCUGUGCUUUGCUUUGAAAAUAAGAUUCCUGAUGACAAAACAGGCCAACAUUACUACUUGGAUCUUGUUACUCAGCUGCAGGCCUAUAAAGAGGCAUUUACAGCAAAAGAGGUGAUGUCAGUUAUUGGACGAGAGCUGGGAAGGCUGCUUCAGAUGGAAUGGGAUGACAGGCUAGAAGAAGACUCCCUAUUGAUUGAGAGAAUUCUGUUGUUGAUAAGAAACAUUCUCCACAUACCAGCAAAUAAGCAAGCAGAGAAGAGAACAGAUGACGAUGCCAGCAUCCAUGAUCAAGUUAUAUGGAAUCUCCACACUAAUGGAAUUGAUGAUCUUCUACUCUUUGUGGCAUGUUCUCCAGACGAGAGGCGAUGGAGUAUGCAUAUAUUAGAAAUUGUUUCACUGAUGCUCAGAGAACAGAACCCAGAGAGUUUGGCAAAAGCUGGUGAGGGAAGAUCAAGAAGUGAAAAGAAGGAUGAUGAAAGGCAGCUUGAGAUCAUUCGGCAGCAAGAACUCGCAGAAAAGUUAAACAAUGCAAGGAAAUUUUCAGGAAGACAUUCCAGAUUUGGCGGAACAUUCUAUGUCCAGAAUAUGAAAUCCAUAAAUGAUAAAAAUCAGCUUGUAUAUCACAGACCACUUGCUGAGGUAAAAAACAUGAGUUUUGACCAUAACAAAACAGCACCUAAGAAGAGGAAAAAGCAACUGCUUGCUAAAGAAAUGGGAGAAGAAAGGAGAUCUACUUUGAGCAUAAGGCUGUUUUUAAAGAAUUUUUGUAAGGAGUUUCUGCAAAAUUGCUACAAUCCACUCAUGAACAUUGUAAAGGAUAAUAUCAAACAUGGGAGAUCUCAAGAAAAUGAUGAAUCUUACUUCUUAUGGGCAAUGAGGUUUUUCAUGGAAUUCAGCAGACAUUAUGACUUUCGAGUGGAUUAUAUCAGUGAAACGCUCAGUGUGGUUACCUUUACUGACCUUUUAAAUGUCAUAGUCAAGUUUUAUGAUGGCUUGGAAUCAAACAAGAGUGAAGCCUCCAUAUGGGGGCGUAGGCUUCACCUUGCAAUUCAAGCUUAUAAAGAAUUGUUGAUCAACCUAACAUUCAUGGAUAAGUCUGAGGAUGGAAGUCUGCAAGAAAAUACCAAGAUUAUUAAAGGAAAUAUUUUCUACACACCAGAAUACAGAGAUACCUUUCUGAGUCUUAUAAGGAAGUUUAACAUGACAAUACAGACAAAGAGCUACCUACGAGACUUGAUUGAAGCUUUCCAUAUCUUCUUGAAGAUGUUAGAAAAGUACUGCUCUGGAAAAACUCACAUUGUAGUCAAGAAAAAGAAGAAAAUUUCAAAAAAGAAGAAAAGAAAUCUGCCAUCAGUUCCAGUAAACUUGACACCAGAGGAAAGUGAAGAGAAGUGGCAGGAACUGGCUUCUGAUCUCUCAGCCACACUUCAAGGACAUGCAGGGGACAUUCCUGAUUCAGUUGUUCCCUUUGAUGCUGCCUCGGAAAUCCCUGUUGAUGAACAAAAGACAAAUGCUUUAUCCCAAAUUCAACAGUUUCUUAGAGGUCAUCUUUGCAGAGAGGCUGUGGCAAUGCUCAGGGCGGCCAGAGAUGUUUGGCCAGAGGAUGAUCAUUUUGGUUCAGUUGGAGUCAGUGCAGAGGAUGAGUUCAUGUGUUUGUCUGAUAUCUUCAAAAUGGAUCUUCCCUCCGUGCUUGUUAGAACUGAGAAUGAAGUGGAAGAAGAAGAUGAAGAGGAAACCAAGCCAGAAGAUGAAGAGAUGGCAGCAGUGCAGACACAUGAAGUGGAGUUCAGCAUCCAGGACUUUUUGAACAAACUUGCCACUCCAGCUCUUCUCCAACCAUACUGCUGGCUUUUGAAAUAUUACAAAGAGAACAAGGACACAACAAAUCAUGCCAUUAUCAAGAUGCUUCACCGAGUUGCUGUUGACCUCAAGACACCUGCCAUGCUGUUUCAGUUGUCUCUGUUUUGCACCUUCCAAAAGAUUCUCUUUGAUCCAGCAGCAAAUCAAUACAAAGAAAUGGUUAAGUUUUCUCGGUACAUUGUUUCCAAGUUUUUUGAGUUGUUACCCAAGAAUCCUGCACUAGUAGCUGAGCUUGUGUUGUGGAAGAGUUCCGGAGACUGUUACGAGAUAGUGGAGGGUUACGGUAGUUUAGCUCUGAGAAAUGCCAGUCAAAGUUCCUCAGUGUGGACAUUUGAGGAGGAGGAAGAGUUACAUGAACUUUAUAAGGAACAUAAAGGCUCGGAUGAUCUUGUAGAUACCAUCAUGGAAAAGAUGUCGAGUGAUACCAAGAGCAGGCGACAGAUCAUGAACAAGCUUGUUGCAAUGAAGCUGGUUUUAAGCAGAAAGGAAUUGACCAAAAGGCCAGUUAAGAAAGGAGUGUGGCCUGAGAAAGAAGUUGAACAGCUACGAGCUUUGUAUGAGGAAUAUAAGAAUUCAUUAGAACAACAAGAUAUUGUGGAGAAGAUAAUGGAGCAUAUGCUGAAUGGUUCACGGACGAGACGUCAGGUUGUAAACCAACUGGUGAACUUGGGACUCGUCGAAGACCGAAAGAUGCUUCAUAAGAAAAGGACGAAAGGAGAUAAAAGGAAGAAACAAAAGAAUAAUGGAUUUAUCGUGGAUGACGAGGAUGAAGGCAGUGAUAGUGAAGGUGGCGAUGCCGUCGAGGAAGGCUUUGAUCAUCCGUUUUCUGAUGAAGAAGAGUCAACAUCUGAUGAUGAUGAUGAAGAAGAGGCUGAUAUCAGUGAAGGAUCCCUGAAUAACAUCAUUACCAAACUGACAAGCACAGGGUUGAAGGAGCAGUUACUGUGGAUUCAAUCCAAACUUCUCAGGACAGCUGAUGAUAGAGAAAGCACAGAUAAGGAGAAAUGGCAGCCACUUCCCUUGGUGACGAUCACAGAGGAAAACGAGGAGGCCCUGGGUAACAAGCUCUUCAGGCAAGCACUUAAGAAAAUUGGACUGAAGCCCCCAGCUAAUGAACAGGAAACAUUCUGGAGAAUUCCAACAAGGCUCAACCCAGAAAGGCUACGAAUGGCUGCUAAGGACCUUGAAGGGACUGGUACUGGUGAUAACGAAGAAGCCGACAAUACAGAUCCUGUGACACCGUCAGCCGGUAGUAAGAGUAAGUCACGUAAAAAGGCUUUAGCUGCCCUUGCCGCCGCUGCACGGGAAAACAACGGAUCGGCGUCAAGGCGGAAGCGAAAAGAACGCAAACGGACUGGACUGGAAAACAGGAGACGAGGCGGAAAAGAUUGGAGAAAAACAGUGAGUGGUGUGGCACCAGACGAUAACCCCGGCCAUGACAGUGACAGUGAAGGUGCAGGUGAAUUAAAGAGCACGACUGAAAAAGAACCUCGAUCUCCCUCAUCCCCAGGGGCACAAAAUAGCGCCGACAAGAAAGAAUCUUCAAAACGGGGUAAACGCCGAGUUAGAGCGCUGGAUGAUAGUGAUGAAGAUGAUACUGAAUCAGAAAGAGGCCUUCACGAUGGACAUGGCGAGUUUAACGCGAGUCUAGAUGAUAAGGAAAAUAAGGCUACUAGCGGGAAUGCUGCUGCGUCGAAUAGUGAUUUAGAAUACAGCAGAAAUAUUUCUGAUUCAGAGGAUGUUAAUUACAACCCCAGUGGGGUCAGACACACUGAGGCUGGCAAGAAAAGAGCAAGAGAUGAUGACAGUGAUGGACCUAGUGAUGAUGAUGAUGACGACGAGAAAUUUAACUUGCCAUUGAAUUCUCACAAAAAAGCCAGGCGUAUUGUUGUUGACGAUGAUGACGAUGAAGAGUGAAGAUACAUUGAACAACUGAAAUAAUUACUUAUUAUUAAGAUUUUUUUAGGGAUGCAGCUAUUAAAAUUGCUGGCAUUAAAUGAUUUGUCAUACUGCUA